AUGCACAGUGAGGAUGAAGCUGACCCCCGGUCAACCGACUUUGCUCCGCGGGGAGCCUCCAAGUUCCAGGAGCGCGUACGCAAUAAGCUACCGAAGCCUUUGGAUCUGACAACUACGCGACACGGAAAGGCCGUUGAGAAGCUGUAUGGUGCCUGCUCGUCCGCUCUAAAUGCGCGCAUCGGACGUGGUGACAAUGAAAGAUUCUUGGAACAAUUUGGAUACGUUAUUGUCGCCUCGCAGCUGUUGAACGAGCACAGUGCCCCCUCCUACACCUCCGCCGCAGACGUUGCCUCCGCUUCCCAACCCGCAGACCUUCCUUCUCUCUCUACGACGUUCGGUCUACACGGUGCCGUCGUUACUACUGCCACCUCCUUUUCGAUCGCCUUCUUGCUACACUGGGGUCGGUCUAAAUCAGGAUCGGGUCUCAACCCACGCAGAAUCGGAGUGCUCCUGGUCCUUGUCCCGGUGCUGGGUGCUCUCUUCUAUGCUUUCGCAAAAAGACAAUGGCUGAAAUACUUGCGGCAUCAGGCUGUGGAAGCUGCUGGCGCAUUUGUUGGAAAUGCCCAAGGAUUUGACUCCGCUGCGUCCGCUUCGGUGGUCUUCAUUCAAGAAGUGGAACUGGUUUCUAGAGGCUAUCGGAUAAGUACACCUUUGCCGCCGAUUAGUAGACUCGAGGACCAGGUCCAGACCAGACGCUGUCUGAGACUCCGCCGAGCCGUAUCGGAAUGUUUCUGGUCGAUGCUUGAGCGCUAUAUUCAAUCCCAAAAUACGCUACGCCCCCUCACAGAUGAAGGAAACCUCGCUAAGUACUAUGACAUUUACGAUAUUGGACUUGAAGAUCUCGAAGCGAUUGAGUUGACCUUGGCGAAUCGGUCUUUGGAAGACCAGUACUCCUUGCGUUCACUACGAGAUUUGUUCGGGAAACUCUAUACUGUUAGGAAAAGCGUCCUAUCCUGUCUGCUGGCACUGAGUGCCGACGGAGGCGCCUCGGAUAUCGCUCGAUGGAGCUCCGCUGUAGAGGAGAUGCGCGAGCUUGCUGCAGUCACUGGAGCGAGCAUGACUAAAAUGACCAAAAUCCUGGAUGAGGAAGACCGUGAGUAUCUGCGCUUGUUUGCUGCCAAAACAGUGACUGAUCUUGUUUUCACAGGGGAUGCCAUUCCGCCUUCUCCGCUGCCCACUGCUUCCCCAAGCAAGGAGAGUAUGCGUGCACAAUUUCGCCGGCUCAAUUCCCUAUUCCAAGGAGUGCGUUCCUUGCAUGCCAAAAUGCACAUAGUCAGUGAGGAGACAAACGCCAAUAUGGACCGACUGGACAGCGGUGCAUUCGAGGCAGCUCUACUUUCACAAUACGACUCGAUUGGUGGCGACAUUCAGUCUCUUCUGCAAGAGUGGGAAGCUGGAAGAGCCGCAAUUGUGAAUAACCAAGACCGACUAAGUGCAUUGGACCGCUCGCGGCCCACCAGUACUGUCCUGCCGUUGUCGCCAACCCCUAGUCUGGGAGGCACUACAGCAGUCGAGGGCAGCCCCACAGAUGCCCUCAAAGCCCUGAAUGGUGACUCUCGCCCCGACUUGACGCAUUGCUUUGAUGACGAGGAAAUCUUCGAGGCGGUCGUCCUUCCUGCAUCCCGGAACAAAAGAGCAUCCCUUACCAGAGAUGAACGUUUGGCGCGCGUUCGAGAGGAAAGGGUGAGACAGGCCACUGUUCGCGAGAAAGUGGAUGCCAAUACGAACAUGCUCAAAGAACUGGAGAUGGUCAUCAAGCAGCGACCUCGCACGACGCACUCCAAACGAGUGACCAGCAUCUAA